CAGCACCACAUCACCGAGGCGGACUUGGCAAAGAAGAAGUCAACCCCAGGAACAACCAUCAUCAAACAUGACGCCGAAAAACUGAAAGCUGGGCUCACACAACCAUCAAUCCUUACUAUUGAGCCAUAACAACCGAUCGACCGAGCGGACUACCCAGUGCUCGAUCCUGUCACUGACAUUACUUCAGAAUGGGCAUUCCAAAGUUCUUCAGAUGGAUGACCCAGAAAUACCCUGUUGUACUGCACCAAGUCAUUCAAGGCGAUUGUAUACCCGAGAUUGAUAAUCUUUACUUGGACAUGAAUGGCAUCAUUCAUAAUUGCAGCCAUCCUAGUACUCCAACUGCCGAUUUUCAAAUAACGGAACCGGAAAUCUUUUCGGGCAUAUUCGCAGCUCUGGAACAUCUUUUUACGCUAGCCAAGCCUAAAAAAUUAUUCUUUAUGGCCGUCGAUGGUGUUGCGCCCCGGGCGAAAAUGAACGAGCAGCGCUCUAGAAGAUUCAAAGCUGCUCAAGCCAACCAGACUAUGCUUCAGAGAAAUGCAUUCCGACGAUUCCAAACGGUCUCAAAUAGCUUUGAUAGCAAUUGUAUCACUCCUGGUACCCCUUUUAUGGCUCGACUACACGAGCAAUUGAAAUAUUUUAUCAAUAAGAAAGUAACCGAGGAUCCUGCAUGGCAAGCAGUACAAGUGAUUUUCAGUGGUCACGACGUACCCGGAGAAGGCGAGCACAAAAUCAUGGAAUACAUUCGACGGGCGAAAACUCAACAAGAUUACAGUCCUCACAUUCGCCAUUGUAUUUAUGGAUUGGAUGCGGACCUGAUCAUGCUGGCUCUACUAUCCCAUGAGCCCCACUUUUGUCUAUUGCGAGAGGAAAAUAGAGCGCCUCUCAAGAGAAAGCCCACCAUCAACUUGAAGGACCAACAGUUCCACCUCUUUCAAAUCUCGCUAUUUCGCGACUACCUUAAUUGGGAAUUUUCAAGCUUACAAUUGAUCAAAAACUUCAAGUAUGAUAUCCGAAGAAUCAUUGAUGAUUUUAUUCUGUUAUGCAUCUUUGUCGGGAACGAUUUUUUGCCUCACCUUCCAAACCUACACAUCGACGAUGGCGCGAUAGGAGUGUUGUUUAAGAUUUACAAAAAGAUUUUGCCCCAGGCUGGCGGAUAUCUGAAUGAUUCCGGUACCCUUCAUACCCACCGAUUACAACUCUUGCUAGACGAGCUGGUUUCGCACGAGUAUCAACAUUUCGAGACUUCAACAGGAAGUAACCAAAAGUGUGUAGGGAUUCCUGGGACUAACUUCCCCCUGAAUGACACUCAGCGCGCUCUCGUGGAUCGGGUUGAAAGCUUUUUCAGAACACACACCUAUUCCCCGAACAAAUGGACUGCAAAGUUGGUCCUCCCAGGAUGUUUGGAUCGUCAAGAUAGAAACGUACUCAGGGAUUUGGCCGACAAACUUGAUCUUUGGAUUUCUUUUGACAAUGAUCCGGAUACCCAUGCGCCUCUGAUCAGUUUAGGCUUCUUUCAAGAUGAUUUACUGUUGACCGAUCCGGUGGUUGAUGCGGUACACGGAAUCUUGCGAGAUUUGCAGGGCAAUGGAACCUCUCAACCUGAGACUCCCACUCAGAUCCAUACCCUAGACUCUUGCACCGAAGAAAUCCUCAGAAAGAUCAAGCGAACACCAGGCAACUGGGGCAUGUAUGGCCGCAAACCACCUAAGCAAUCCGACGACGAUGAUUUCCAUGCUUACCUGAAACAAUGGAAAUCAAAGUAUUAUAAAAACAAGAUGGAAUUGCAGUAUAAUGAUUCUGUCCAACUCCAUAAACUAACUCAUGCGUAUGUCGAGGGUUUACAAUGGAUUUUACAGUAUUACUAUACAGGUGUAGCCUCCUGGAGUUGGGCUUAUCCUUACCAUUAUGCCCCCAUGGUGUCCGAUCUAAACAAAGUGGCAUCAUACAAAUUUUCAUUCGAACUUGGUAGUCCAUUCAAGCCAUUCGAACAACUAAUGGGUGUUCUUCCUGGCCUGAGCUCAACUCAUGUCCCGUCUGCAUUUCAAGACUUGAUGACCAAGCCCGAUUCGCCGAUCCUCGACCUAUACCCGACCAGCUUCGAGACCGAUCUCAAUGGCAAGAGGCACGAAUGGCAAGCGAUUGCCAAGAUACCAUUUAUUGACUCGAGACGGCUUUUGGAAGCCAUGAAAGCUCAUGAGUACAAACUCAAGGACGAAGAAAUCGAGCGGAACCGGUUUGGACCCACAUGGCAAUUCCGAUACACACCCCUUUCACCCACCUAUUAUCGAUCCCUCCUCCCCAGCUAUUUCCCGGAUCUUUAUCCCUGUCUGUCCGAAAUGACCGUCUAUCAUCUCCCUACCGUUCCUCAAAAAAUCCUUGGUAGACUCAAGGAAACAGACGAAAUCGCCAAGAAUAUCGAAAAGUUGAUGGCUCUUUGUCUAUGAAUAACUGCGCGUCAUCAUCGAUGAACACUCCAGAAGUGUACAUUAACUUACUGAGAAAGUAUUAUUAUAGGAUACCCAAAGAUUAGUGCGAAACUAUUUUUUGAAAUAACCAAACAUUAUCAUUUUUUUUACAAAAAAAAAAAAAGAAAGCAUAAGUAUUCCAUGUUGUCAGUCUCACAUCCGUACAAUCUAAAGUAUCAUAAAGAAAUUUGAGUGCGGCACUGCCUAUACAAUUCUUCGGCUACAUGAGGCAGUUUGCGCUAGUGUAGAAAAUGGGAUUAGUGUGGUUCCUAGAGUGAGGGGCUUGAGCAAUUUGCAAGAUGUGAAGGCUGCACUGGAAGAAGCACCCAACCCAGAAAAAGAAGAGACGGGUUAGGGUGGAUUUGUAGGGGGGAUGGUAGAUGUUCAAAGUACAAAUAAGGCAUGUAGUGGUUGGCAAUACACUACAGAGCCUCAGGUUUUUACAGAUGCCAAACAAGACAAGGACUUUUUA